AUGUUGUGUAAGAAGCGGCCUCAUGACCAUAUUCUACCUGUACAAGAUUGCAACUGGUGGAAACCAUUUCCCGCCCAAGACCGAGUGAUGGCAUGGAGCAUCUCUUCCUAUACUGAUUCUAUACCUGAAACUCAGUCGCUCUCAAACUCAGUCGCUCUCCCGUCUACUUUCGGCCAUCCCUCUUUCACAAUCAUUUCUUCUUCCGUUCAUCCUUCUCCUCGGCUCUCUUCCGUUUCACAGAAGUUUCUUUUUUGUAAAACAAUGGGUAAACAACGUUGGACGCCUACGUCUGCACAAUUGCAAGUUCUGGAAUUUAUAUAUGAUCAAGGGGAUACAACUCCGAUCAAAUCCAGAAUCAUGGAAAUAGUAUCUGAAUUAUCGUUGUAUGGUUCAGCUUCUGAAGUGCAAAUCUAUAAUUGGUUUAAGAGUAGACGUGCUCGUUUUAAAAGAUUUACAAAAUUGCAAGCAUCGAAAGAGAAAAAUAAGGUUAUAGUAUCUACAGCUUCAACUCGACUAAGACGAAGUAGGCGUUAUUUUGAGUCUACAGGUUCCAUUGAUGAGUGUAUGUCUGAAUUAUCACAUACUUUUGUUGGUGAAAGUUCUGAUGUAAAUAUGGAACCUGAAAAUGAAUCUGAAGAUGGUGUGCACUCAGUAUCAGAAACAAUUGAUAUUAGGACUUUCGAUAAAUCUGUGCUUCUUCAUACAGGAGGAACUGGUCCUGAUGUACGAUGUUCUCAUUGGCUAGGUUGUGUGGAGGAUUGA